AUGAGAUUGUUCCCAUCACUACAAUUCAAUCCAGGUGUAUUUCUAAACUCUACAUUGCCACCUGUUAGAGAGAUCAGUAACGUCGUCAUGGACCAACCAUAUCAAAUAGUGUCAGCCGAGAAGAUCACAGACAUGGGUAACAUGUGGGGUCAGUUCUUGAUUCACAACAUGGCAUUCUCAAAGCCUGAUCCAAACUAUCCAAUGCCAAUUCCAGUGCCCAAGUGUGAUGCAUACUUUGAUCCAAGAUGCACUGGCAACAUGACCAUGCCAUACUUCCGAACUGGAUUCACCAAGGUUUCAUGCACCAAGACUACGUCUACUCGCCAAUCAGAUGGAUUCUGCUACGAACAAAUCAACACAAUGUCAUCAUACAUUGAUGCCAACCCUGUCUAUGGUACUACCAAAGAUACUGCCGACUUGUUGAGAUCAUUUGACAAGGGCAAGAUGAUUGUCGACCAUGGUCCAAAUGGAGACAUGCCACCAAGAGGUAUCAGUGGAGUCACAAUCGAUAAUGAUGCCAGGAGAUACCCAACCGAUCAACUGUUCAGUGUUGGAGAGAGACGUGGAAAUGAGAACCCAGGCCUCACUUCAAUCCAUGUCGUGCUGCUUAGAGAGCACAAUAGAUUGGCAGACAAGUUCGGCAGACUCAAUCCUCAAUGGGACGACGAAGCAAUCUUCCAACAGACCAGAAGCUGCAUCAUUGAGCAGGUCCAGAAGAUAUCAUACGAGGAGUACUUGACCACCAUCCUUGGAGAGUUCCCUCAAUACACUGGAUACGAUGAGAACACCGAUGUCUCUGUGUCCACCGAGUUCACCACUGCUGCAUUCAGAUUUGGACACAGCGAGGUUGGUCCCAACAUUGAGAUGGUCAACCGCGACGGCAGCUUUGGAAAGCCCCUGUCCAUUCGUGACGCCUACUUCAACCCAACAGCCCUGGACAAUGGAAUUGAGAAUGUUGUCCGUGGUCUCAUCUACAAGCAAGAGGCCAAUGUCGAUAUCUACAUUAUCUCUGAGCUCCGCAACUUCUUGUUUGGCAAGCCUGGUCAGGGAGGAAUGGACCUCGGUUCGAGGAACUUGAUGCGCAACCGUGAUCACGGAAUGCCAUCAUACAACCAAAUGCGCCGAUACAUGGGCCUGCCAGCCGUCAACACAUGGGCCGAUAUCUCAUCAGAUAUUGAGGUCCAGGAACGUUUGAGAUUCGCCUACCAUGGAGACAUCGAGUUGGUGGACGCCUACGUCGGUGGUCUUGCUGAGGACCACAUGUACAAGGCAGCCGUCGGACAGACCUUCUACCACCUGAUCCUUGACCAGUUUGUCCGAACGAGAAAGGGAGAUAGGUUCUGGUAUGAGCUGCCAGAGAUCAGAAAGGUCAACGAACAGUGCGAGUCAACUUCAUUCUCAAAGUUGAUCAGGAGAAACACCAAUGACAUUGGUCCUCUACCAAAGAACGUGUUCCUCUUGGCAUCCGACUCCAACCCAUUGGAGAAUUGA